GGCGCUGGAGACCCCUGACUUUCAGGAGAGCAGCUCCCACACCGCUCCUUGCAGCAUAGCUCCCCUUAUCGUGCCUAGGGUCCAGCACUGAUUCUGGGAGGUCUGUCUCUAUCCCAGCCUUGCCAUGGCACGUGAAUACUUCACCCACAAGGGGUUGCUGUUCCCAUGCCUGGAUUAUUCCCCCGAGGCGCUGAGCUACGUGGAGAAUGAAUUCCAGGUGUGGGACGACGACGUCUUCAACGUCACCUACCCCAAGUCAGGCACUAACUGGAUGCUGGAGAUCCUGAGUCUGAUCCGUUGUGACGGGGACCCCAGCUGGGUGCGCAGCGUGCUGAACUGGGAGCGGGGGCCCUGGCUGGAGAGUCACCUGGGGAUGGAGGUUAUCGUGAAAUACCCCCCACCCCGGCUGCUCUGCUCCCACCUCCCCGCGCAGCUCUUCCCCAAGUCCCUGCAGCGCUCCAAGGCCAAGAUCAUCUACACCUUGCGCUGCCCCAAGGACGUCCUGGUCUCGCUCUACCACUUCUCCAAGCUGCUGCGCCUUUUCAAGGACCCUAGCUCACUGGAUUCCUUCUUCGAGGACUUCCUGAGCGGGAAUGUGGCCUAUGGCUCCUGGUUCGACCACGUCACCGGCUGGAUGGGGCUGAAGGGGAAUGAGAACUUCUUCCCCAUCACCUACGAGGAGCUGCAGCAGGAUCCACUGGGCAGCGUGCGGAGAAUCUGCCACUUCCUGGGGAAGGAGCUGAGUGAGGAGCAAGUGGCCGCUGUGGUGGAGAACGCCUCCUUUCAGAGCAUGAAGGGGAACAAAAUGUCCAACUUCUCCCAGGCGGAGGACCAAUACGUGGACCACCAGAAGGGGGAGCUCUUGCGGAAAGGGAUCUGUGGUGAUUGGAGGAACUAUUUCUCGGAGGCGCAGAGCCAACGAUUCGACACUGUUUACCGGGAGCGGAUGCAGGGUCUGGGCAUGACCUUCCCCUGGGACUGACGGCCCUGCGCCCGCCACGUCUGUGCCCGCAAUACACCAGCCCUGCGCCACCCACGUGCUGCUGUGCUUAGUGUGCCCUGGGAGAUGCCCCCUGGGGCAGCGUCACUAGCGCAUCUGCAAUAGGCAGAGCCGGCUGGGGCGUGUGUCCAGCAGAGGUCAGCUCUGGAUUCUAAGAAAUAAAACCAGGUGACAUGGCAGCAGGAACUUACACACACACACACACACUCUCUCUCUCUCUCCCCUGCCCCCAUGCCCCCCGCCCCCAUUCCAAGGGGUGUGAUUGCUGGUGACCCAGUUCCCAGGUAGCGCCCGGCAACACCCCCAGG